GGGCCGUGGAGGGCGGAGGGUGGUGGCAGCGCUGGCGCUGGGGACCGGCUCGGUGGCUUCGGCAAACAGUUUGGCGCCGGCGGCCGCCUGCCUCACUCCGCAGCCCGCCCUCGACACGGCUCGCAGACUCCUCGCCGCCGGCAGCCCGCGAUGUGGCCCACCGUGCGGGUGUAGCAGCUGCGCGUGCGCGGAACCGCGGGGCCAUGAGCGAAGCCGGCGGCGGUCGGGGCUGUGGGUGCCGGGUCCCCCAGCGAGCGCCAUGGAGCCUGGUGGCAGCGACGGCCUCUCUCUGCCUGGUGUUGGCCACGUCCGUGUGCACGGCGCGGGCCGCGCCCAUGAGUAGGGAAGAGAAGCAGAAGCUUGGAAAUCAAGUCCUGGAAAUGUUUGAUCACGCUUAUGGCAACUAUAUGGAACAUGCUUAUCCAGCCGAUGAACUCAUGCCUUUAACCUGUAGAGGCCGCGUCCGAGGCCAGGAGCCGAGCCGGGGUGAUGUAGAUGAUGCCUUGGGAAAGUUUUCCCUAACACUGAUCGAUUCUUUGGAUACUCUGGUGGUUUUAAACAAAACGAAGGAAUUUGAAGACGCAGUGAGGAAAGUUUUAAGAGAUGUUAAUUUAGAUAAUGAUGUAGUUGUGUCAGUCUUUGAAACAAACAUCAGAGUCCUUGGGGGUCUUUUAGGUGGACAUUCCCUGGCGAUCAUGCUGAAAGAAAAAGGUGAAUACAUGCAGUGGUACAAUGAUGAACUUCUCCAAAUGGCAAAGCAGCUGGGCUACAGACUCUUACCAGCUUUCAAUACUACCAGUGGCCUUCCUUAUCCGCGAAUUAAUUUAAAGUUUGGCAUCAGAAAGCCAGAAGCCCGGACGGGAACUGAGACAGACACCUGUACAGCCUGUGCGGGGACCUUGAUUCUUGAGUUUGCUGCAUUGAGUCGGUUCACAGGAGCAACAAUAUUUGAGGAAUAUGCAAGGAAAGCUCUUGAUUUUCUGUGGGAAAAAAGACAACGAAGUAGCAAUUUAGUAGGCGUGACUAUCAAUAUUCACACUGGAGACUGGGUUCGCAAAGACAGUGGAGUUGGAGCAGGGAUUGAUUCAUAUUAUGAGUAUCUGUUGAAAGCCUAUGUCUUGCUUGGAGAUGACAGUUUUCUGGAAAGAUUUAAUACACACUAUGAUGCCAUAAUGAGGUAUAUUAGCCAGCCGCCUCUCCUACUUGAUGUGCACAUUCAUAAGCCAAUGCUGAAUGCUCGGACCUGGAUGGAUUCUCUGCUUGCCUUUUUUCCAGGUUUGCAGGUCUUAAAGGGUGAUAUUAGACCUGCUAUUGAAACUCAUGAAAUGUUAUACCAGGUGAUUAAAAAACACAAUUUUUUACCAGAGGCAUUUACUACAGAUUUCAGGGUCCAUUGGGCUCAGCAUCCUUUAAGGCCAGAGUUUGCAGAAAGUACCUACUUCUUAUAUAAAGCUACAGGAGACCCGUACUACCUUGAAGUAGGAAAAACACUUAUUGAGAAUUUGAAUAAAUAUGCUCGAGUGCCUUGUGGAUUUGCUGCCAUGAAGGAUGUUCGCACUGGGAGUCAUGAGGACAGAAUGGAUUCGUUUUUCUUGGCCGAGAUGUUUAAGUAUCUCUAUCUGUUAUUUGCUGAUAAGGAAGACAUUAUCUUUGACAUAGAGGAUUACAUCUUUACAACAGAAGCUCAUCUGUUACCCCUUUGGCUCUCAACCACAAAUCGCAGCAUCUCUAAGAAGAACACAACCUCAGAAUACACAGAACUGGAUGAUAGUAAUUUUGAUUGGACUUGUCCAAACACUCAGAUUCUUUUUCCUAAUGAUCCAUUGUAUGCUCAGAGCAUCCGUGAACCCUUGAAAAAUGUGGUGGAUAAGAGCUGUCCAAGAGGCAUCAUCAGAGUAGAGGAGAGUUUCAGAAGUGGAGCUAAACCUCCUCUGAGAGCCAGAGAUUUUAUGGCCACUAACCCUGAGCAUUUAGAAAUCCUGAAGAAGAUGGGGGUGAGUUUGAUUCACCUCAAAGAUGGGCGAGUCCAGCUGGUCCAACAUGCAAUCCAAGCUGCUAGUGCAAUUGAUGCUGAAGAUGGGCUGCGGUUCAUGCAGGAGAUGAUUGAACUGUCAAGUCAGCAGCAGAAAGAGCAGCAGCUACCUCCACGAGCUGUACAAAUUAUUUCCCACCCAUUUUUUGGCAGGGUAGUCUUAACUGCUGGACCAGCUCAGUUUGGGCUGGAUCUAUCUAAACAUAAAGAGACAAGAGGAUUUGUUGCAAGCAGUAAACCAUAUAAUGGUUGUUCAGAGCUCACUAACCCAGAGGCAGUGAUGGGGAAAAUUGCCCUGAUACAAAGAGGACAGUGCAUGUUUGCAGAAAAGGCCCGCAACAUCCAGAAUGCUGGAGCCAUUGGCGGCAUCGUUAUUGAUGACAACGAGGGGAGCAGCAGUGACACUGCCCCUCUGUUCCAGAUGGCAGGUGACGGGAAGGACACGGACGACAUCAAGAUCCCCAUGCUCUUCCUGUUCAGCAAAGAAGGAAGCAUUAUCCUGGAUGCCAUCCGGGAGCACGAGGAGGUGGAGGUCCUCCUUUCUGACAAAGCAAGAGACCGAGCAGCAAUAUUAAAAGGUAAAAUGAUUCCAAGCUACAUUAUUAACAGUAACCCUGAAAUGGAAAGUGAAGACCAGCCAUCUUCUGAAAACGAUUCUCAGAGUCAGAGCGCGGAACAGACACUGUCCCUUUCUCAAACAGUUGACUUGGUUGAUCAGGAGACCCCUGAAAACCCUCUAGAUUCUCACUCAGAGCCAUUGUCUCCAGCAGACACUGAAGAAACUGCUGGCUUAGCCCCUUCUGAACAGAUACCUAGUUCCACAGAAAGCCUUGAGACUACAAGUCUUGAUGGUGAAUGUACAGAUUUAGAUAACCAGCCUAAAGAACAAUCAGAAACUGAGGAAGAUUCCAAUCCUAAUGUUAGCUGGGGUAAAAAGGUCCAACCUAUAGACUCCAUAUUAGCAGACUGGAAUGAAGACAUAGAAGCAUUUGAAAUGAUGGAGAAGGAUGAACUCUGACUCUGUAAAGAUUCUGCUGGUAGAUAUUGAAGAAGUAAAUUGUGGUUUUCUACAUCCUAUCCAAGCAGGCGCUCCUGGGAGGCUCUGAGCAGUGCUCAGGCACGUUUUGACUGGGUAAGUAGUUCCCGUAGCAACCUGGAGCAUGCUGUGUUAGAGCUGACCUCACCGAAACUGUCCUAUCCAAAGAGGAAACUCACAACCCCUCAAAUGACGCUGCUGCGUACCCUCAGCUCCCAGGCCAGGGAAAGAUGACUGGCCACUCCUGGGUAGACGAGACAAAUUCAGCUGAUAGGAAGUGGGAACAGCAGUCAGUGCAGCUUCCUAACCGGGAGCUUCACUGCCAUGGGUUUGGGGUGGGAAGCCCUUCUGAGAAGAUUUGAUUGAGUGUUGUGGUGUUCUGGCCUUGCUGCCGUCACAGGAACACUUUCAGUGACCCACGGCCUUUGAAGCAGAUGCAUUCAGGGUAACAGCUGUUUCUGCUCAUUGCUUUCACCUGCUUCAUUCAGUGACAGUUGGUCAAGAUGACUUGAUUUCUUUCUUCUUUUCUCCCAACAAUGUCCUCGCAUUUAAGCCAAAGGUGAAGCUAGUGUGCUUUUUCCAGUGAGUUUUCCUAAGACCUACUGUGGGGCCAGGAAGAGGGGCAUAGAGAUACAGUGAAAACUGGUUGCUUGAUCCUUGGGGUAAGCAGAGAUAAAGAGAAACUAUAAUGUUGCAAUAUCAACUUCCCAUUGGGCCGUAGGGAAGCUAUGGCGACUCUGAAUGGGAAGCAGCAUUAGCUCCUUGGGGGUAGAUUAUAUGUCUUUUCCAGUUCAUUUCUCUUAAGGUGGUUACUCUAGCCAUCAGCCUUACUCCAUCCCAUGUGUAGUAUCCAGUGUGAGCCAGAAGGCUCAUCCCAAGCCCUGGUCCAUUUUCCUAUCUUAUGGGGAGCCCUGAUAAGCCAUGGUAGUGGUCUGUAGUCUCGGGGUGACCACCAUCUUUCUCCUUUGAAGCUGAUUUCUGGCAUCACACCUAAGGAGUCUGUCACAUUUUCUGUUGAAUCAUGGAUUUAGGUUUGUUUAAUUUUGUUUUCGCAAAUACUCCUUCUGAUGUGGAUUUGAAAAUUAGCCUCUGGUGACCUGUGUAAAAAACCUAAAUAGCCAUAUAAGUAAAAGAAAGAGAUUUUUUUUCUUUUCUUUUUUUUUUUUUUUGUGGCAGUUUGGGCUGGCCACAUUUAAUUCUUUUCAGUUUUGCUUAUUGAUAGUUCUACAUUGAAAUCAUGGUUUUAUUCAUUUUAUUUAUUUUAAGCUUACUUUAAUACUUCUAAAAGAAUAUUUGAGAGACUUAAUUCCUUUUUACCAUGGCAUUACACAAUAACCUUUUUCUAAACCAUGGUUUUGAGGUACUGAAUAACUUAGACUAUAUAUGGAGCUGUUGAAGACAGCAGAGCUGUAUUGUAGUUAUGUAUAUUCAUGUACAGUUGUCUUAGGUCCCAGGGAAACAUGCCCUUUUAGAAGGGGAUAAAUACCUGCUUUCAAAAAUUCCAGCUCAACCUAAUUGGGUCAGUGAGUAAGAAAUCUUAAAGAAUUCUCUGGGUCAUGGGGUAGUAUAACAAGUUCUUUAUUGGCUCUUAGUUAAACCUGACACCAAAAUGGGUAUUUUUAGUCUCUCUGCAUGUGAAGUUUGGUGCAAGAAGAUAGAACCAUAAUACAUAGCAUAUACAGAAGGGUAGAUGUGCUUUGUUUAUCAAGAAGAUAGAACCAUAAUACAUAGCGUAUACAGAAGGGUAGAUGUGCUUUGUUUAUCUUAAUUGCAAAGCUGCCAAAAUAGCUGAAGCUUAACUACUUGAUUUAUGGGACUGGGGCUUGGAGAAAAGGAACAGAUGUUCCUCUGAUACUUUGAUUACAGAAGCCUUAUAUGUUUUGAUUUUGUAUUUGUAGUUCAAAGCCAUUGUUGUUUAAAUCUAACUCUUUUAAGUUAUCAAAGCAGCGUAAUUUUUUUUCCCUCAAGAACUUAAUGGCAUGAAGAAUCCAUACUAGAAAAGGCCAGCUUACUGCCCCUUGCUGUUUUUUGGCCACUAGGAGGCGCUGUUGCCCUUCAUUAAGGUUUAGAUGAGCCUAUUUGUUUUGAAAGUCAAAUCCUUUAAAGGAAUGCAUUUAAGACGUUUUGCUUACUGUCUAGAAGGAAUAAUACUCAGUUUGUCCCUACCUAAGAAAGGAGAUAUAUGUUCAGCUUCAGAACACAGCAUUCUAACUGAUUCCCCAUUCACUUUCUCAUUUGACAUACUGCCAUAAAGUAAUCUUUGAGUUCAUUAGAAAAUUUUAACAGCAUAGAUUCCUUGUUUAAUUUUUUUGUUGUUGUUUGUUAAAAACUAUUCAUAGAUAUUUUAUUUACUUGCUGAAGAUUCAGGGACUUCUGACCCUGAGUUUAGAAACAUCUGGUCUACCUCAGUUAAAUGUUGACUGCUUAGAACUAGAGCUGAAAUGAUCACCACAGCCAUAAACUUGUUUGACUAAGAAAGAUUUAUAUAAUGUUUACAAAUCUGGAAUCAAGUGCGGAUCUUACCUGAAAGUUGAAAGUUACCUGUUAGAGCAAGUAUUUAAUUCAGGUAUUUUCAAGUUUUAAAACUUGUUUACCUAGUAAAAAUAGGUAUAGUUUUUUUUUUACCCUUACAUAAAAAGUCCAUGGAAAUUAUAUUCCCUAAUUUACAAUGCUUUCCCUCUAAAACUUAAGUGUGAAAGAACUGUAGUUUACUAGAUAUGUUUGGGGUGGGAUAUUUUGUUAAGUUUUCUUUUUUUUUUUUCUUUUAACCUAUCUAAUAACCUUCCAAAAAGAGUAUAAUUGUUUCAGAACAAAUUAUUUUGUAAUUUUACUUUUCCUUUUUCUUUACAGUGCUAGAUAUUUUAAAAUGAAAAAUUAUGUGCUCUCUGACUUUAAUUUCACUAAUGUAAUAAUUUUCUCGGAAUUCUUUUAGUUUUAAAUUACCAUCACAUAAACCUUUCUUAUAGCAAAGCCAGCAUUUGUUCUCUCACCAGACCCCAUGCCAGAUUCAUCAUAAAGAAAGCUCAGCCUAAGUAAUUGAAAUAGUGCUUAUAAUUUUAGAGGGGUGGGUAGCAUUUAGUAAAUAUUCCAACUGGUCGUUUUAUGCACAAGGCUACAGUCAGAACAUAGAAAAAAACAUUCUGUGAAUGAAACAUUGUAUGUUCAUAUUUUAUAAAAGACAUUUUUAAAAGCCCAAUUUACAGCCGUAUAUUUUCUUAUGAUGUAAUUUAUGAAAAAGCUGUCUGUACUAACAGGUGCUGUAACACUACUGUUGUUGGGUUUUAUUGUUUGGUGAUAAAUGUAUACAAUAUUUCUAAUGGAAACUAUGUACUGUGAUAUAAAAGUCUGGGCAAAUGUAUAUAAUCCUUGUACAUAAUUGUGUAUUUGAUUAUAUUACUGAUUGUAAAUUUAAUAAAACAUGUAAAUAUG